UUCUAGUUACCACCACCACACUUCGUAUCAAUUUGAGACUUACAUUUCGUUUAUUAGUUAUGUGUCGAACUUGUAAAGCUGAAAACCCUAAGUGGAGCAAGGGUGUUCGAGUUCCCGUUAAAGAUCUGCCGCUUUUCUUUGCUUCGCAACCCAGUUGGAACUUUGAACAGAAAAUCUACGGCCACAAUGUCGUUGUAUCUGAGAGAGCCAGACCCACGCUAACUGGGAGACUGGGCUGUCACGAUCUUGACGGAGUCGUCCAUCGUCGUCAGGAUCACUUCCUGGCCAGAGAGAUCUUCCACUGUCCUGGCAAGAAAUACAACUGUUCUCCUCGAACUGCUUGCACCGGUCGACGCCGUCACUGCUACGGACUCUGUAAAGUGACAGUAUACAGUGCUAACAAGGACGUAGCUAUCGUGCAGUUCGCCGGAACCCACGGUACCGGAGCACUUCAGAGACGAGUCUGGCCUUACAACCAGUAUGAAACUGUUUCGGACUCACCACCACGGGACAUGAGCAAGAAAGAAAGCAAGAUGCGCGCCAUAUUCGGAUCUCCCACUAAAGAGGAGAUGAACUGGAACAAGGUUAACAGACCGAAGGUACAGGAGGACCUGUCAGCCUUCAAACAGCUUCCCAAACAGACCCCCUUCAUCAAGGACGAGAACAUUGAUCUGAACAGCUACUACCAGCCCAGAAUGCAGAACAUCUACACCACCCAGCAGCAGCAGCAACCUCUCCAGUGCUCCACCAUGCUUUAUCACAGCCCUCCCAGCUACACUGUGGACCAGAUGUUAUCCCCAGAAAUCAGCCCGGAGGACCAGUUGAAGCAGAACCAAAUGAUGAGCGCAUGCUCUCAGCUCUCACCCUACACUUUUUACCAACAACCAUUACCCUUCCCCAACAACAACAACCAAGCCCCCCAAUCUCCACAGAACUUCUGGAAUAACUCAGGAUUUGUGAUGAGUCAGCACAUGCCGAUGACACCCCCUCAGAUCAAGUCGGAGAAACUCGAGAGUGACUAUAUUCCGACCCUCAGCGAGGUGAACUGCAAAUUGGACGAUCUGGAGCCCUCAUUCUACGACAUGUCGCCGUCAGAACCAAACAGCAAACGAAGAAGACUAGACACACAACCCCAACAACACCUCUACCAACCCCAACAGAUACAACCCUGUCCGACCGACCAGAUCACCAACAUGGCGGACAUCUGGAGACCAUACCUUCAUCCUAACGAAUACUGUGAUAACAUGUUGCCUCAGAUCAAACUGGAUAACAGCCUGUUCUCCGAACCCAUGACCCCACAAGACAAUCUGAUCAGUUUCAUGCUGAAGGGGCCAGAAGAACCCAACAAUCAUAUAGUUAGAGACUCACAGAAACUUCUAGCCAAUAUGAAUAUGUCCAGUGGGCUCCAGUUGACGAAGCUGUGAAAGAGGUUUAUAAUUAUAGUAGAAUUUUAUUGAGAUUUUCAAUCUUUUGAUGAACGCGAACUUUCAGAACAGCAUUUUGCCUUCUUUGACACGAGUGCACUGAACAAAAGACGAAUUAAUUGGUAAUUGGUAAUGUUUAAGUUCUUGAUGUUUUUAACAAAUUAUAGCCGAGAAAUUUCUUUAUUUAACUAUUUAAUGCCCUUUAAUUAUCUGAAUUAUAGCAAGCGAAACUAAAAUGGAGGCCAAGAUAUUUAUGAAUUAAAUAUUUCUUAUCCAUUAUUUAACUAAACUAUAAAAUAUAUAGUAUUUAUUGCAAUCGUGACUUCGAAUUGACGUAAUUAAGUGUAAAUUAUUUAUUUUAACUUCCUUUAGGGGCCCCUUUAUGAUUCUACCUGCAAAUAUUAUACCUUGUUUUAGUCUCUUUCAGAGUAUACAUACAAUGCUGAUAGUACAAGAGUAUAAUAUGAUAAUAGACAGAUAAUCUUCUCUGAUAUUGUACAAGCAAACUCCAGUAUGUUGCUGAUAAGAUAAAAGAAUGUAUAAUAUAGAGGCUAGUUAGUGAGGGUCUUUAUACCAUUCAACGUUUAGGCAACGGUUUCUUAUUUGUAUUUAACUAUUUAACGUUUUCUAUACUGUUUAGAUCGAACGGCUUGUUCAAGCAAUUGUAAUAUAAAAUAGAUUAUUUGAUUCUUGC